AGUCACCAUAUCAUCGCCACAAAACCCUAAAGGACCGCCUACUCUUUUUUAUCGUCCCUAUCCCUCUACCUUUUGCACCACCACCACCACCACCUGCUCAUCCUCGCCGGAAUCUGACACCAUGAGCUACAUCGCUGCCUACGCCUCCCGUUAUGUCGAUCACUUCCGCCACCUGACCACGACCUUCACGACGACUCUCACUAUUCCAACGAUUAAUACUAUCACAAUUUGCUGAAACAACGUUUAUCUCCGUACUUUUCUCUGAAAGCCUCAAACUUUUGAAACUAUAAUAUCGUUAUCUCAAUUCUUUGUUUCGGAUCAGUUUCACUGCGUGUUGGAUAUAAAUAUGUCGCUUGUGUCUCAACAAAUGUCGGCGUUCAAGAGCUAUAGUGCGUGUUUGAGGGACUCAGCCAUCCAGUUUCCGCGUCCCAACCCUACCGAUAAUUGCACGCGGAGGAAUGCAAAAUUGAGGUGCCCUCAAGCGGCCAUAAUUCCUAACUUUCACCUCCCAAUGCGUAGUUUUGAAGUUAAAAACAGGACAUCGGCAGAGGAUAUAAAAUGUCUUAGAUUGAUUACUGCCAUUAAAACACCAUAUCUACCAGAUGGCAGAUUUGACCUUGAAGCAUAUGAUGCCUUGGUGAACAUGCAGAUUGAUGAUGGGGCUGAAGGUGUGAUUGUAGGCGGAACAACUGGUGAAGGCCAAUUGAUGAGCUGGGAUGAACACAUAAUGCUUAUUGGUCACACGGUUAACUGUUUUGGUGGAUCAAUCAAGGUAAUUGGGAACACCGGAAGUAACUCAACAAGGGAAGCAAUUCAUGCCACUGAACAAGGCUUUGCUGUUGGAAUGCAUGCUGCCCUUCACAUCAAUCCUUACUAUGGCAAAACCUCUUUGGAGGGCCUUGUUUUUCACUUUGAAAGUGUACUUCCAAUGGGCCCUACUAUAAUCUAUAAUGUGCCCACACGAACCGGUCAAGAUAUUCCUCCACGUGUGAUUCACACCAUAGCACAGAGCCCUAAUUUGGCCGGUGUAAAGGAGUGCGUUGGAAAUGACCGGGUCGAACAGUACACAAACAGUGGGAUUGUGGUGUGGAGUGGGAACGAUGAUCAGUGUCACGAUGCAAGGUGGGGACAUGGUGCCACUGGAGUGAUAUCAGUGACGAGCAAUUUGGUACCAGGUUUAAUGCGAAAACUCAUGUUUGGGGGGAAGAACCCCUCUCUGAACACAAAGCUCGUGCCUUUGGUUGAGUGGCUUUUUGACGAGCCAAAUCCCAUUGCCGUAAACACAGCUUUAGCACAGCUCGGGGUUGUGAGGCCUGUUUUCCGGCUACCUUAUGUACCACUCCCUCGGGCAAAGAGAGUAGAAUUUGUUAAUUUAGUGAAGCAAAUUGGGCGGGAGAAUUUUGUAGGAGAAAAAGAUGUUAAGGUCAUGGAUGACGAUGAGUUCAUUUUGGUGGGUCGAUAUUAAGGUGGUAGUUCUAGUUCAUGCCAGAGAGCUUUGUUUUUUAUUGCCAGUUUGGGUUUUACCCUUUUCCUUAAUAAUGAAUUUUGUUUAUUACUGAAACUUUGGAGGCAAAAACCUCUGUAUAAUAUACUGUGUUGUUUUUUGGA